AUGACACCGUUCGAACAACAACUAGACAAAUUCUUACCAACCCUGGAUCUCGAAUUUGCUUCGCGGCACUCUAAACUACCACUGCGAUUGGGUUUGGACGAAUCAAGCGGCAAUGGUCCAGCAAAUGGAGUCAGAUACUUAGGGAACAAAGAAGAAUCGGAAGAAUAUGACGAGGAUUACACAACCGAAGCAUAUAUUGCUAAAUUCGGGCUGGGCCUUCAAAAGCUAGAAGCCCAAAAUCUGAUCAAUAUCACCAACUUGGCCUUUUGGAAAGCAUCGUCGCAGAAAGAUGGCAAUCCAAUCUCGUUUGCUCUAGACGACAACCCUCACAAUUUCUGGCAAAGCGAUGGGGCUCAACCACACUACGUUGAAGCAAGCUUUAGCAAGCGGGUCGAGAUCAUUCAGCUGGCCCUAUACUUGUCACUUGCAGUGGAUGAAUCGUACACACCGCAGGUGAUGAAGAUCUACGCCGGUCAUAGCGCAUCGGAUGCUACUCACUACAAGACCUUGGAGGUCCGCAACGUCAACUGCUGGGUCGCAUUGACUUUUGAAGACAACAGACCGCACGAUGCUCUUCUGAAAUGUCAAUAUCUGCGCAUAGAAAUCCCCGUCAACCAUGAAAAUGGCAAGGACACCCAUCUCCGGGGUGUCAGAGUGUACACACAGUAUUUUAGGACUCCAGUCGAAGGAUCUCUUCUUUUGGACUACUUUUCAGCUGGAAAUUUGCUGACUGAUUGUAAGCUGCGAUAA